AUCUUUCCUUCCCGAUCCCGGUUGCCCUCCCCUUCGCCGCUCUUCUCAUCGCCGCCGCAUCCCGGAGCUUCUCUCUUCUCCGCUGUAAUCAUCGUCGAUUCCCGAUUCAAUUUAUCGUUGACCUGGUAUAAACCUAGAUGUUUAUCUUUCUGCGAUCCAAUUAGAAACUUCUAUUCUUCGGCUGCGAUCGAAUUUUUAUUCUGUUUCUGAUUGCGAUGAUUUAAAUUUGUUAUCAUAGGCAGCCGGACUGUGAUUUUGAUCGGUGUUUAUGCAAUUUCUGAUCAUAUAGAACUUGUAUAUGGAUGUAAGAAUGGCACUUUCGGAUUCUAAUGAUAUCAGUAGUAUAUGCUGGGCAGCUGGAGCUGCCGAGACCUUUUCGACUGAGCCUUGGCAGGUGGAAUUUAAUUCGCUCAAGCGCCUCUCUGAAACCCUAGAAUCUAUAUUUGAAUCGUCUUCUUCUGUGGAUUUUGACUUCUUCGCGGAUGCGAAGCUGGUGGCUGUCUGCGGUAAGGAAAUUCCUGUGCACAGGUGUAUAUUGUCGGCGAGGAGUCCGUUCUUCAAGAAUGUAUUUGGUGGGAAAGAUAAGAGUGUCAAACUGGAGCUGAAAGAGUUGAUGAAGGAGUAUGAGGUGGGCUAUGAUGCAGUAGUGAUUGUUUUGGCCUACCUUUACAGCGGGAAAGUUAGAGCUUCACCCAAGGAUGUGUGUGUUUGUGUUGACAUUGAGUGCUCACAUGUAGCUUGCAGGCCAGCUUUGGGGUUCAUGGUGGAACUAUUGUAUGCUUCCUUUACAUUUGAGAUAGCAGAAUUGGUUGCAAAGUUUCAGAGACAGCUUCUUAAUGUUCUUGAUAAAGCUGCAGCAGAUGAUGUACUGAUGGUUUUUUCAGUUGCAAACGCGUGUGGUAUAAGCUGUGAGGAAUUAAUUUCCAGUUGCAGGGAUAUUAUUGUCAAAUCAGAUGUUGAUAUAAUAGCUCUUGAAAAGGCAUUGCCUUUUCAUAUUGUAAAAGAUAUUACUGAUUCCCGCACGAAGCUUUGCCUGCGAGUGCCAGAAAGCAAUUGUUUUCCAAAUAAACAUGUGAAGAGAAUACACAGAGCUCUGGAAUCCGAUGAUGUUGAAUUGGUGAGGAUGCUAUUAAAAGAAGGUCAUACCAAUUUAGAUGAUGCACAUGCUCUCCACUAUGCUGUAGCCUAUUGUGAUGCAAAGACUACAGCAGAGUUACUUGAUCUAGCAAUUGCAGAUGUAAACCAUCGGAAUCUGAGGGGAUACACAGUGUUGCAUGUUGCUGCAACAAGAAAAGAUCCUAAAAUCAUAGUGUCCCUUUUGACAAAGGGGGCUAGGUCCUCUGAUUUGACCUUAGAUGGCAGGAAAGCACUCCAAAUUGCAAAGAGGCUCACUCGUGCCAUGGAUUAUAAGAAACCUGCAGAGGAAGGUAAAGCUACUCCAAAGGAUCGGUUGUGCAUUGAGAUUCUGGAGCAAGCAGAAAGAAGAGAUCCUAUACUCGGAGAAGCUUCUGAAUCUCUUGCUAUGGCUGGGGAUGAUCUGCGCAUGAAAUUGUUGUACCUUGAGAAUAGAGUUGGGCUGGCUAGACUUCUCUUCCCAAUUGAAGCUAAAGUUGCAAUGGAUAUUGCCCAAGUUGAUGCCACUUAUGAGUUCCCUCUGGCUUGCAUAAACAAGAGCAUGGCCGAUGCAUCCCGAAGAAUGACGGUAGAUUUGAACGAUGUCCCUUUCAAGAUCAAGGAGGAGCAUCUGAAUCGAAUGAGGGCACUUUCCAAAACAGUGGAACUAGGAAAACGCUUUUUCCCACGCUGCUAUGGAAUCAUCAAUAAAAUCAUGGACAAUGAUGACUUAUCAGAGAUUGCCUGUGUGGGUAACGAGACACCCGAGGAGCAUAGAUCAAAGAGGCGAAGGUAUAUGGAACUUCAAGAAAUUCUGACCAAAGCAUUCACAGAGGACAAAGAAGAGUUUGAUAGGGCUAACAAUGUUUCCUCUUCUUCUUCCUCAACAUCUCUAGCUGCUGCUGUUAAGUCUGAGGGCAACCCCUUUAAGAAGCCGGGCUGGUAAAUAAUAUUCCCUUUGUGCCAUAUAAUAAUGCUCGAUAUUUUCCUUUUUGGUUCGUCCCAAAAUAAGAUCUUGUGCAAUUCACAUUAGUUCUCAAUUUCUUGACGACGAUGCUAAAAUCCAAUGUAGAACUUUAUUUUGGGACGGACGGAGAGAAAACAUUUUGUCAUUAGUUCAAUAGUUUUGUACAUCACAUGUGCCCAAACUUUUUUUCAUUUUUCUAUAUUCACAAACCACAAUAUAUAUUGAAUUUUGUACCCGUUUGCGAAUGUGAUACGUGUU